AUGAGUACCUCCCAGACGAACUCCAGCAAUGGCCAAGAAAAGUAUCUUUCGACGAGUGAGGGAGGUAUUACACCAGCCAGCGUAAUUGCUGUCGGUGCUGUACUAUCUGGACUCGCCGUUAUUGCAGUCGCCUUGCGUUUCUACGUACGAUUGAUAAGGGUAUACUCUUCUUUAGGUAUUGAAGAUUGGCUCAUUCUUGUAUCCGUGGUUUUAACGCUGGGAAUGGGUCUCAUGAUGAUUAUCGGCUCCGCGAUGGGAGGUUUAGCAAGACCAACUCCUCAAGGCACAGGAUCGAAGGGAUACUUGACUGCGACCGAUGAUGCCGAAAUUCUCACAGAAAAGAUUUUUUGGGCUUUUGAUUUGGUACAAUGCUUCGCGUUUGGUACCGCUAAACUCUCGGUCCUGUUUUUCUAUCGACGCAUAUUCCGUGGCGAUGUCUUUAGAAUUAUUUCUAUGACAAUGAUCGUUACCGUUGUCAUAUGGACGCUUGCUUUUUUCUUCGCUAUCCUUUUUCGAUGUGGGACGCAAUUCUGGGCACUGUGGGCACCUUUGAAAUUCCUCCUGGCCAAUUGUUAUGCCAGUACGCCCAUGUUCCAAGCUUUUAGUAUCUCGGAUGUAAUUACGGACGUCCUUAUCUUAGCCAUGCCUAUAUACUGGACUUCGAGACUUCAUAUGACAUUCAGCAAGAAACUUGCUGUUUGUGGCGUCUUUCUUCUUGGUGCAGUGGUGAUAGCGGCGGGUGCUGCACGUUUAGCCAUAUUCGUCAAACAGACCAACAACCCGUAUCAGAACGCAGAUGGAAUUGGUCAUCUUACUACGGAAAUCUAUUGGUCAAUGAUUGAAAUGGGAAUCUCCGUGGUUGCAGCCUGCCUUCCAGCGAUAUGGCCCUUGAUCAGUAAGAUCUCACUCGAGUCGAUGGUGCACACCGUUCGUAGCAUGUUUUCUUUGGAGUCUAUUGCACAAUCGGCAUCUAGUCGUUCCAGGCGGCAAAUGAGUACGAAUGAGAGGAACGAUAACGAAAGGGGCUCAGGGCCUUACGAGCGAUUUUCUGGGGGGUCGGACAAAACCUCUACCAAGGAUCCUAAGAUCGAUAUGAUCCCUAUGCGCGACAUCGAGGCGCAAUGA